GCGUGCGCAGCAAGAAACAACAUGGCGGCCGAUGAGCACAGCAAAAGAAAAUGUGAAAGAAAGUUGUGUUAACUUUCGGCGGAAAGCCGGUUUAGAUCAUCUAAAGAAUUAACUUGUGACAUUUGAGAAACCAGAAAGAUGUAAGUGACAAAAGAGACAGUACUUUGUCACCAUGUCAUCAUCAGCAUUAGGGAUAUGGAAGUGUCAUGAGUGUAGCAUGACAUUUACCAGCCCUGGGCUGCUUGCUAAACACAAGGGCAAGUUCUGCCCAGGGAACACUGUAGGCCGGACUACAAGGAUACUGGACUAUUCUCCCAGGCCAGAGUCCCCAGAGAAAAAAACUAGGUCAAUAGGGGAAAAGGUAAGCGAACUCCAGGCUCUGAAGGAUCGGAGAUCGCGUAUGCGAGAAGUCCGGGAUCUGGAGGAACGGAUGCUUCUUGACAAACUGGACAACACGGAACGGCAACUCAAUGCUGGAGUGGGAAAAAAUAGCAAAGGAAGACUUCAUUUAUCUCAUCAUAAAGAUGUACGGCAGCUUCAGAUCAAUUAUGAGAGACUCCGAGAACGAGAACAAGCAUACCCCACCGGCAGACACAGUACUUUUUCCACGAACAGUGACUCUAGCAUGAGCAUCCACCUCCCUGAUGAAGGUGAUGUUCCAAGGAGGAACCCUGACCCACAGCUGGCUCAACUAGCGGCAAGCCAUGGCCGUCAGAUGGAGAUGUUGCAGGGACGUAACAAGGACCUGGAGAGACAGAGGGAAGAACUCCGGCGUCGAUUAGAAGAGCUUGGACGAAAACCAGUAAGAGAAGAAGACCCAUCUAACUCCCUUCUGGAUGAACUAAGAGAACAAGAGUUACGCAACCAGAGAUUGCUAGAAGAGCUGCGCAGACAACUUGCUGAUGCCAGGCAGCCCAUCAAUAUCAUAGCUGAAGAAAGGUUUGAGCAGAAACAGAAGCAGCAAUUCACAUACCCCAUCUACUAUGGAAGCUCCUUGGUGGCAGAAAUCAGUGCAAUCCGACAGGCAUACAUUCAGAAUGGUGGAUCUGAUCCCGAGGUGUUGGCUCAGCUGGCUCAGAUGCUGGCAGAAGCGCAGGCUAUUGAAGAUCAGCUACGCAAUGCUCCCAAACAAACAAAGGUUGUCAAAGAAAAGAAGACCAAUGAGUACAUGCACAGCAUGAUGGCCCUAGAGAUGGAGAAUGAGAGAAUGCAGAGAGAGUUGAUGCUGCUGCAGGAGCAAAACAUGUUGGCACGCAACCGGCGCAAGGAUGAUCGUGAAGAUGAGCUUGAGCGAGAGAUUCGUCGACUGCAACAAGAACAUCUCCGCAGAAUGUAUGAACUACAACGUGAGAUUGAGCGAAUCCGUCAGGAGCACUAUUUGCACUGUCACGAACACCAUCACGAAGUUGUGGAGAGUCCAACCAAAGUGAUCAUCGCUCAGGCACCUCCUCCACCCCCGCAGAUCAUCCAGCAGGCCGCCCCACCCCCACAGAUCAUACAGCAACCACAGGUGGUACAACAACCUCAACAAAGAUAUAUGGAGGUUGAGCAAGUGGUGCCUUAUGACCAAUAUGCUGGCUUUGUCAUCUUCUAUGACUUCCUGCUGAACCUGGACACCAAGAUAACAGCAGCCAGACUCAUUGUGGGAAUACACAGCACCACAGCCAAGAUGGGAGAACCAACAUACCUCCCCAUGGUGUACACAGAACCUGCCACCAGACAGAACCAGUAUACGGAUGUCAGCAAUGCUGUCAUUGGUGCCAGACAGCCUGUUCCUAGAUGUCCUCCCCAACAAGACCUGGGUAUUGUGGUGGAGCUCCAGUGCCAAGGGGGCCCAGCAUCAGACCACGAACAGCGACUUAUUACACGGGCAUGGACCAAGAUUCCAUUGUUUGACUCUAAUGGCAAGCUGCAAGCUGGCAGAUUCAAGAUUCCAUUUAGGAAUGUCCCAAUCAAACCUUUCAUGACCUUCACCGAGCUCAACACUGUACCUCCAUAUGCCGAAGCAGAACUCUUCUAUCGCAUUGUCAAUAUGCGUGAUGUGCCGUCUCAGUCACAGUCGACCAUUGCCGCCAACAACCGAGAUCUCUACAGCCUGGCUCCCCAGGGAGGGAUGAUCCUGCAUCAGCUCCCUGUAUCUCCCCACCAAAUCCCCCCUCCCCCCUCAGCCUCUCCCCCUCUAAGCCCUCACUACCACUCACCAAGAAGAAGCAGCCGACAGCAGGAGAUCUUUCCGCCUAUUAGAUCAGGGGGCACGCCCCUGGAGCCCACCCUCGGGUUCCAGGUGGACCGUAUCAAGCAUGCGGACUCCGGGGAGGGCAAGGUCAGACUGACCGCCUACUACAAGGGUACUGGGAAGGUUGUACAAUCCAGCACUAGUCCUGUGACCUGUAGUACGACAGCUGUACGCUCUAACUUCAAGUACGGCUACCACGUGUUUGGUCAGCAGGAAGCAACAUUCAACGAUGUAGCAUUCCAGGGGGACAUGAUUCUUAUCGUUCGAUUUUAUCUACGCAAGAAACUUGGAGGUCAUGUGGAUGACCUUUACCUUGAGCCUCACUCCCAGGAGGCAUCUCUGUAUGACGAGGAAGCUCUUAUUGCAUGGACUGCGAUCCCAUUGGUCAUCUCCCACAUCAGAGAUCUCUCGUCUCGAGAACGCCGAGAGUUUAAUCCUGCUAUCAUGAGGAUAAACAACGGCACACACACACUCAAACUCUUCACCCCGCCAGUACCAGAGGCAACUCGCCUUCCUCUGGAAGACUUCAGUUUACAUGAAUAUAAAAGGUAUGGCCGAGGAUCUUUGCGACUGCAUAUUUUCCAUGGCAACCCACGACCAGGCUCACUGACACCUAGCGACGUUUCUGAUGAUCAAGAGGACAAUUUGCCAGAGUAUGCCUGGCUGCCCUAUGAGAGGAAGAACCCAUCACCGGAACCCUUCUUGGCUGGAGAUGGCUUCGAUAUCUACAUUGAUGGCUGUCGCUACCUGCCAGACUCUGUCACAUUUUCUAAGGUUGCCGGGCGUAUUCUGGACCGCCGCUACGACGUACACGGCAAGGACAUCUCGACAGGGGUCAAGCUGGACAGCGACAGCUACAACCCAGUGUAUGAACACAAGGAGGAGUACAGGCUGCCUACUGUCGCACCAUCCUCAACACUGCUGCUCAAGGUAUACACCAUGGACAAGUUCUACAAGAAGCUGACUGUGGUCGGGUAUGCUACACUCAACCUGUUUGUGGAGUCUGGGUCAGAGAGACAACCAGCUAUAGACAGACAAGGCUUACAGGUGUCCCUCAACACAGGCGCCCAUCAGCUGAGGAUCUACAACCAGGGACCUAACGGUGUGGACCCGUUCUCUGACGCCUCAAUGAGGACCAACAACACCAGGUUUGUGCCUUGUGCCUCCAUGCUGAUCCGCAUCACCAAGGUACCCAAAGGCCCUCAGGGAAAACCACUAGAGUGCAGCAAAGUGCCUCAAGCAGACUGGCUGAGGUUGGGCCUGUGGCAACCACGGCCGAAGUACUCCGACCGCAUCUACUAUUCCAUGAAGUGUCUGCCCACAAAGGGCGAGAGCAAACUGUUCCAUGGGUUGAUGAAGAGGACACCCAUCCCUGUGAGGCAGGCUGUGGCCAGGAACACCCAGGCCAAGGACAGCUUCCUCCGCAGCGACAAGAACAUGGAGCAGUACAUCAGGAAUCAGCUGACCAAGUCCAUGGACACCAAGCCCCUAGAGCAGGACCUCAACUUCAUCGCUGAGUACAGCCCCAAGCAUGGUGUCAAGGUGUCUUUAGACAGUGCCGUCAAUCUGCCAUGGUCCAACUUUACCCACUGUCACAUGUGUCUCAACCCACCGGGAGCCUUCUAUUUGGGAACACCACAUGCCACCUAUGACAAGUUGACAUUCACAGAAAACCUUGACCUUCGUAGCACCAACACAUCACCUGCCUGGAGAGAUGGGUUCAAGCACUUCCCACGGCGCUCGUACCAUCGGUUCCUGACUGCCGUGAUCCACCUGCAGGAGGUGUUUGUCACCGUCUCCCGGGAAAACUACAAGUAUGGCCUACUAGAACAGGCAUGGACAGCAGUACAAAUGUUCAAGGACAAGUACGCCUACACCACGACAUUCCAGCUGCCGCUGUUUGCUGGCUCACCCUCACCACAGAUGCUCAAACAGAUGGCUCGAGAGCCGUGUCGGGAGUGGCUUGAGAGGAACAUCAGGAACAAUACUAUCAAGUUGAUAGAAGGAGCAUCCGUAUUUGUGCGAGUCAGUGACGGAAGAAGAGAAGAUGAGCUGAUCACUGACAUCCCCACUAACAAACUGGUUGAGAUCAACAUGGACUACAUCCCUAACGGACUGAAGGAGCAAUACUCCAGGGAGAGGCCUGGCCGACCGAUGGCCACUCUCGUACCCACUGGCAAAAGCCCGGAGCAGUUUAUAGAAGGCCUCAGCACCAAGUUCAAGAGUUUGGUGUACAAACUGUAUGAAGAAGGAAACAUCUCCAAGAACUAGACGUCUGAGGAUGGUGUAGACUAGAAGACUAGAUGUAGCUGCUUCCACAGUUAGACCAGUAGUACAGAUGUAACCAAGAUGCUCAAUGAAAACUGACUCCGAAGUCCGAGUGGCCAGACAUCCAAUGUGCAGAGGGAUAAAUAUUGGCAUGAUUACUUCCACAGACAGGACAGAGGUGGGACAAAGGAUUGACAGAUCAGAAUAAAGGCUUGACAAAGCUCGACAAGUUGUCAUCACUACCUGGUUAUACUUGAACCAUGGCGUACUACAAAGGUCAGCUUUUGUUUGUCAUGCAACUUGGCUCUGCUCCAAGGAACAGUUUGUGAAGCCUCUGUUGUCCUCUUAUGGUCUCGCCAUAACAGUAUGGAAGUAAAGUGAUGGUUAUUAAAAUCCAGAAAGAUCACUCUCAAAAUCUGCUGAUCAGAAAAGGUCUUAAAAUGCCAAUGUGUGUGGGGAAUGUUAAAGUUCAUGAUACAUCAUGAUGGUGUUCAACAAUAUGGAUGCUGAAAGAAGAUGGUUCUUGGACAGAUGGCACAUGUUUCUAUGGAAACAGGAGUUCCUUGAUAAAGAUGGUGCAUGCUAUAGAAGGAAUAUGGACUGUGACACACCUACUGGUUGUAGGUAAGGUGAUUAUUGUAUUCCAUCCAGGUGUUCUCAGGUUCAAGUCUUGCCACCACAGACUUUAGUGGGAAGGACAAAUCAAAGUGAUUUAUACAUGACUGUGCAAUGGGAAAAAGUUGGAGUCUCUCAUGAUCUGAAGCUGCCGUACAAGAUUUGAAAUCUCCACUUUGAACUGACAGUAUUAUGAAGUCUUCCAGUCAACUGUGUUUUUUGCAGAAUUUAGUGCUCUGAGGGGUUGAUGCUGCCAAAUUUAAAACCUCUCACAGCAUUAGAAUUCAAGACAAUUUUAAACAGAUUUUGUUGUUUUGUUGAUUCUGAACCUUAUAUGACAAACAUUUACCUGUGUGUGUGUUUUUGUUUAUGUGGGACCAGUGGCAUUGUAAUGUUAACUGAUGACAAGAGAUUCUAUCUACAGAAGAUGUGAAAAGUGUGACAACUCCUUUAUAAGACAGAUGUUGUUACAUGAACAACUGUAACUAUUGUUACACAUGAAGACCGUCAGCAACAUCGACUUGAGUCUGUACAUGAGAUGACCUAAAUUAUAAGAUGAGGAGCAGGGAGCUAAAUGGUCGUCUAUAUUGACAUAGGGUUAAAGUUAAACCCAUAUAUCAUUUUCUUUUGGUUUGUUAAAUAUUUAUUAAUAUUUAUUUUUGAAUAACUGCCUAUAUCCUGAAACAGCUGUAUAUAUAACUGCAGGAGUUAUCGUGUCAUUAUGACAUUUAUAUUUUACCAGCCACUAACUGGUGAAGACAAUUGUUUAUAAUUACUGGAUAUGUUUGGUGUGUAAGACAUACUUGGGAUAUCCUGGUAACAUGCUACUAGGAUGUUAUGCCAAAUAUAAUACCUGCACAAGGUGUAAAGGAACAAUUAUUAGGAUAUCAACAAAAAUAUGAAAAUAUUUGCAAAAAAGAACUUUCGAUUUGAGCCAAGUAUAUAACCAAAGGAGUUAGAAUCAUGUUCCCCUUAGGAAGAUGCUGCUUCUUCCUGGAAAUCUCUCUACCUACCAUGUCCUAUCAUAGAUCUGUGUCUUACAUAUAGGUACAUAUGUAUCUUACUCAUUUUUCUAAUGUUUGUUCUUCUUCCUGACCAAAUACAACCGGUAGGGAUCUUGAGGAAAACUUUAGAUUUAGUUAGUUGCUUUGUUUCCCAGUCCAACACAAAGGUAGUUGGCUUUGAAAUGAAACUUUCAGUUGUUUGGCCUACUAUUGUGGAUUCCGGAAGGAGUUUGUAUAAUACUUUGUUAGUUAGCAACACUUUGAUAACUGGGGAAUCAUUGCUAAUGUGUAGAGCAGAGCAAUCCAUGCUUCAUGUUAUGGUGAAGGUAAAUAGAUUCUUUUCUGCACACAUGUAACUUUGCAUCGAUACAAAAUAUGUUAUUCAGUGCUAAUAUGUAAUAUAUUUUCAUUCAAAGGACUGUGCAUAACUUCAAGGUUUUCCAUAUUCACUGCAUUAAGUGCCCUGCCCCAAUACGCACAAAUCUGUAGACAUAAUCUCCCCGUAUAAAGACUAUACAGGUCAGCAUGUUAAUAUAAGUUACUGAGUAGCAGCAGUGCAGGGGUAUAUAAUUAACUUGUAACUAUUAACCAAACAUUGUUGUUUUCAUUAAUAUUUUGACUAGGUUUGUUCACCGAAACACAUUCAACUUGUGUAUGUUUGUAACUUGCGCUCACUUGUCAGUGUUAUUAAAGCACAGGGAGAUUAUUACAUUGAAUAUGGUAUGUCAUAUGUAGGACAUUUACAAUCUAAUCUCUGUCAGUUUUUUCUAUGAAGAAUAGAAAUGAGUAAUCUGCGAUGUACAACCUUUCCAAACCAAUCUUAAUCAAUUCAACAAUUAUUUCUAUUGUAUAUGUAACCAAUUUUAUUGUCAUUUGAUAAGAUAUCCAAAUGCAAUCUUGUUAUUCAUCACAAAUGUUGUUUUAUCAGCUAAAUAUUUUAUGGUUAUGUAUUAUAUAUUAUAUGUUAUGAAAAUUUUACCAAUGAUUCAACAUUUUUUUUUAUGUCAUAGAAGAAAGUUUUAUUCUCAAAAUCACAAGGACGCAUUCCUUUUGUCUAAUGAUUGUAUUUCUCAUAUACUUUCAAUGUAGUCAAUAGACCAAUCUGAACGUGGCAUUCUACCCUGGACCUUGUUCCUCAACCUUGUAUACUGCUGAAUAAACAUGCAAGGACUUCAGCGUUUAGAACAGUAGGCAUCCUAAAUACAACAGGAUGACAGAAUGUGCUGCAGUAUACUUGUAGUAGAUGCUCUGUGUACAUACCUCAAUGUGUCACCUUGACACAUACAUUGUUGUUGUUUGUUGUGAAGGAGUAGCUGUCCUCAACUGCUGAGGUAUUAAUCACAGAUGCUUCUGUCCUUAGAACUUGUGAAAGAAUUGUCGAACAGUUAACUAGGAAUACUUCCCGCCCAUGUUGUUUCCAGCUUCACAGAUUACAGUAUUUGCCACAAUAACCACCCCUGUCCAACCUCAAAACCAAUCUGUAAGUAACCCUAAUAAUUGACCAUCCAGUAAGACUAAAAAUUUACAUAUCAUAUAAGUCUCUAUUUUCAUGUAAAUUACAGCUGAGUAGAAAGUAAGACAGCUUAGAAGAGCAAACAACUGCCUUACGGCUCUUCUUCAAUCAGUUUUUGUUUUAUUGACAUUUGAACUUAGUUUGUUUAAAAGAGCUCAAUCUAUGGCAACAAAUUUAACUCACUGUUUAUGGUUUGAAAUGCCCCAUUGUCAAUUCUCUAAAUGUCACUUAUUAUCAGAGAUAGGAGUAUUGGGGUAGCCUGAUGGUUAAAGCAUCUGCUCAUCACGCUGAAGACCCAGGUUCGAUUCCCUACAUGGGUAAAAUGUGUGAAGCCCAUUUCUGGUGUCCCCCGCCAUAAUAUUGUUGGAAUAUUGCUAAAAAUGGCAUAAAAUCAUACUCACUCACUGUUAUCACAGAUGCAAUAUCAAGGAUUUAAAUGUAAGGUCAUUAGUUUUGUUACACGUUUAGCAAUGGUAUUACUUGAUAGGUGAAGAAGUAAGAACUGCUGUAAGUACACAUCAUUACACCCAGCACUGGACCUGUGUUAGGUAAGUUGACAUCAGCCUUACAUGGAGAGGUUGCUGCAGAGGAUAUGUGGUAUCUUUAUAUCAUCCAUUAGAUUAGUUUCUUAAUCAAUAAUCUCAGAUAUGUUUAAAGAAGAAUGAAAAAUGUACAGCCUACAUAAAUAUUAAAAUUAUUUUUGUUAAUUAUGUAAUUUGAUUUAAUGAAAAAUGUGAUAAUUACAAGGUUUAUUUUUCACCUCUAAUUAUUGUAAUAAUAAAGUGCUUUUGGACUCGGUA